AUGAAGCUUUUUUGUUUUUACGGAAAACCUGUAUCUAUCAAAUAUCACAACCAACUAUGUUCGUCGACCACACUUGUGGUGUGCACACUUUCGGUGGCCGCGUUCGUCCUGCCGUACUACAUCUUAUCUUCCGUGAAGCGUGGUGAGCUUUGGGAUCAACACCAGUUAGUGUACGAGCAACCCCGAGUUAAGUUUCUCUACGCCUACCUAUUUCUCGCUGAAAUGGAAGCAUCCGAUGAUGGAUCGUCCGUGGUAACGUGCAGUUCGUUCGAGUCGUAUAACACACUCACGGAACAUCUAUACCCGUGUAGUGAGGUGCGAGUUGUACCCAUCGAUUCGGAUCACGAUCAUGCACUGGAUCACCUAGCGAUCGCGAUCAGCUUCAACCCACCGGAUGUUGGAAGCCGGUUGAUGUAUUACACGUUCUACUUUUUCCUAGAAGCAACGGUGACAUCCCAAUGUUCUUUUGUAGUACCAUCAUUUGUCUCUUUGGAAAAGGUUCCGGCUCCUAAAUCAAAGUUUGAUUCCGGCACGAUCGUUCAUCAUGGGUUUUUACAAUCGAAACAAACCGCCUCUCUACAGUGCCCUUUCUUCAUGAGACAUCAGAAGUCACACUUCAGCGAUCGAUAUUACCCUAACGAAAACACAACGCUGGACGGAUUUCAACCGCGAGUGAUUAGCGCUCUAAUUCAAAGUUCUAAUCCGGCACGGUACGAGUUUCAUCCACAGCGAACCGAUUGGACUACGGACGACUCUGGUUCUAUACGAAUUGAAAUGAAUAUAUCCAUUGGAGAUGCUAAUAGCAGGGAAACCGCCUUGCUGUACCAAACAUCUCUGUGGAGACGGCUUUGCCAAUUCUGGGGCAGUUAUUUUCCGCUAUUGAUCGUAUCUAUGUGGCUGACGAAUAAGAUAAAGCAAUAUUUGUUCGAACAUUUCUAUCUACGGGCAGUAGAAGUAGUCCCCUGGAAGGUAAAAUAUAACUAG